GUCUCCGUGUUGGUAUAAUCCGGGUAAAGGGUCAUCAGAUGUUGAACAACAUGGCGGCAGCUGUGUUUUGGAGGAGCGGAGAACUUCUCAGAUCAGUGAGGACUGCAGCUCACAGGUCAUGGUUCCACAGCUCGGCGGUUCUUCCUCAGCAGUCCGGUUCUGCUCCUCCUCAGUCAAGCUUCUUCCCGCCGGUUGAAGGCGCCAUGCUGCCGGCUGGAAGCUUGAAAAACAAAGUGGCGUUCAUCACAGGAGGGGGGACGGGACUAGGCCGAGCCAUGACCACCACCCUGUCACAGCUGGGAGCUCAGUGUGUCAUCGCCAGCAGGAAGUUGGACGUCCUGCAGCAAACAGCCGAGGAGAUCAGCAGCCAGACUGGAAACAAGGUCCAUGCGGUUCAGUGUGAUGUCAAAGAUCCAAAGGCUGUCUCUCACUGUGUCGACCAGACAGAAACUCUGACAGGACUUCCUGAUGUGAUCAUCAACAACGCAGCAGGAAACUUCGUCUGUCCGUCAGAACGUUUGUCGCCAAAUGGCUGGAAGAGCAUCACCGACAUCGUCCUGAAUGGGACGGCCUUCGUUACCCUGGAGCUGGGCAAGAGGCUGAUCCAGAGUCAGAAAGGUGCGUCCUUCCUCUCCAUCACCACCAUCUACGCUGAGUCUGGUUCAGGUUUCGUGGUUCCGAGUGCGUCGGCGAAGGCUGGAGUCGAGGCGCUCUACAAGUCCCUGGCGGCAGAGUGGGGGCGCUAUGGCCACAGGUUCAACAUAAUCCAGCCUGGACCAAUCAGAACGAAGGGGGCGUUCAGCCGUCUAGACCCGACCGGAGCCUUCGAAAAGACGAUGAUCAGUCGGAUCCCAACAGGUCGACUCGGAACACCAGCAGAGAUCGCAAACCUGGCAGCGUACAUGAGCAGUGACUACGCUACCUGGAUGUCUGGAGCUGUGAUUCGGUUUGAUGGAGGAGAAUACGUGUCAAUGGCCGGAGAGUUCAACGAGCUGCGCAGGGUGACCCCAGAUCAGUGGAAGAUGAUGGAGGCGAUGAUCAGAAGCACUAAAGGAUCCUAAAAACACAAACACUUUCAUCAGAUCACAAAAACUAAUCAAAUCAGGGAUCAGGUGGACCCGCCCACCUGCUGAUGUCAUCAUGACGAUAGAAUCAGAUGAAUAUUUGCCACGAGUUUUGAUGUUUUACUAACUGAUUGAGCCUUACUUUCAGAAAACACUGUUAGCCUGUUAGCUUGUAGCUAGUGAAGCAGUCACAUGACUAACUGCACAUGCUCAGUGUAAACACAAAUUCAUGUUUCUGACAGCUGGAUAAUAAAACAUUGUUACUGUUG